CGCAGGGGCGGCGCACCCGUUAACGGACCCACUGCGAGCGCAGCGCCGCGGGCGCCCGUGCCAUCGCCGGCGGGCCGCCGUCUUGGCACGCCGGAGCGGCGGCCCGGAUUGUGUUCCACAACACUGCCAAAGCCUUAAAGAUGCCCCGCCUUACGCGCCGCGAGCUCCGUCGCGAAUUGCGUAAGUGCGACGCCCGCGCUUUCAGAAUGGAGCGCGCCGCGGGGCGCUGGGCGCGCCGCUGCCGAACUGAGCGGCCAAGGCCGGCGGCUGGGGGUUUUGUCGCUUGGGGGUGCCCGGACCAUGCGGCCCCGGGGAGUCAGCUGUGGCGGAAGCAAGGACGGGCCCGGGGGCGGAUUCUGCAGAGGAUUGGGCAACCUCGACGCGCCCGCGGAGGCGGGGCGGGGGCGCCGCCGCAGCGGGCAAAGAAACGCACGGGCCGGGGCGCGCGCCCUGUUUUGCUAUUGCCCCAGCACCGUGCGCGUUUUUGGGGGUACCCCCGGCGCGGCCGGGUCCGCGGCAAGACACGGCAGCAGGGGGCAUACAAGUAUGGGGCCCCAAAUCAAAUCGCGGGCCCUCCUGCUUUCUGGGAAUGGUCCAGAACAGGCACGACAGGGACCAGUCCGGCGGGCGGCAGAAAACAGAACCGGCGACACAACUGGGGCGGGAAGUCCAAAGGCUGGAAAACGGCCUGGGCCGCGAGAAGCUGUGGGCCACAGCUGUGGGCAUGGCCAUGGCCGCGCGCCUCCCGUCCGUCCUUGGAUAGCAGUGCGCUGGCCCCUCUUGCUUUGGGCCGUAGACGCCUACAAGUGGGUGGCGAAGGGAAUUGCCGUGCUUGGCGGGGCGUGUCUUCUUUGUUGGGGUCUCCGGAGACGCGGCCAACCUCCCGGGGCACGGACGGGCAGGGUGGCGAGGGCCCCCCGCAAGGGGCGCGCUGCGUUUGUGGACAGGCGCAAGCAUAUCCAAGCAACACGCGCCGAAUGGCGUGCGCCGCCAAGAGGCUUCGCACGCCAGCCGGCCGCAACAGGAGCGCGACGACGAAAGUGCCGCGGCGCGCGAUGGUGGAGCAAGCGAGCUGCUGACGCAACACCCACGCAGCCGCCGGGCGGCCGCUGGCAAUGAAUUUCAGAAGAAAUGGGGCGAGAGGGCUCGCAAAAUGGGCAAGGUGCCGGCUUUCCCCCGGCGAAGGAGCAGCCGGGUGCGUGUGGGGCGCGUGCGCGCCU